AUGGGCACAUCCUUCUUUAACAACCAAACAUCAAUAACAGAAUUCGUACUUCUGGGAUUUGUAGCUGUUAAAAGUGGGAAGUCCUUGCUCACCAUCCUCUUCCUCACAAUGUAUAUUAUGGUUAUUAUGUGUUUCUUGGGCAACUCAAUCAUCAUCACUGUGUCUCUAUUAAAUCAGUCCCUCCACACACCUAUGUAUUUCUUUCUUGGCAAUCUCUCCUUCCUAGAUAUCUGUUACAUCUCUGUGACUCUCCCUAAAAUGAUCGUAGAUCUUUGGGUCCUUUCUCCACACAUUUCCUUACUGGAUUGUGCAGCACAAAUGUUUUUUCUUAUCUCAUUGGCGGGUGCUGAGGGAUUUCUUCUCGCCUCUAUGGCUUUGGAUCGGUACUUUGCUAUAUGUCACCCACUGAUCUAUGCAAGAUUCAUGACUAAAUGGACCUGCCUCCAGCUUACUGCAGUAUCCUGGGCUUGUGGCUUCUUCAAUGCUACUCUCCAUACAGCACUCACAUUCCGCCUGUCUUUCUGCAGAUCUAAUGUGAUCAGUCAUUUUUACUGUGACAUUCCUCCAUUGCUGAGUAUUUCAUGCUCCGACACAUCAAUUAAUGAAGUGGCACUUUUCACAGUGGGUGUACUUGUAGGUUUUAGCCCCUUUUUCUUUAUUCUGAUCUCCUACUCUUUGAUUCUUCAUGCUGUUUUCAACAAUCGGCAAAAAGGACAUCGUCACAAGGCCAUUUCCACCUGCAUAUCUCAUGUCACGGUUGUGAUUCUGUUCUACUGCUCUGGGAUAUUCACAUAUUUUCGACCCACCUCCAGCUACUCUCUGGAAAAGGACCAGCUUGUUGGGGUUAUCUACAGUAUCAUAACUCCAACACUUAACCCUAUCAUUUAUAGCCUACGGAACGAGGAAGUGAAAAGAGCAAUAAGCAAGUUAUUAAUUAGAUAA